UACACGUGUGUGUGGAAGUGUGUAUGUGUGUAUGUGUGUACACGUGUGUGUUUGGUUUGUUUCGUUGCUCAGGCGCUCACACACACACACACACUGGUGUACUAACUGGGAGAAGUCUUGUGCGUUAGCAGUGGCCGUUUUCCAGUGUUUGGACUGGUCGGAUCAUGAAGAAUAUGACUUUAAGACGCGUGAAGAAACUUGGAUUAAACGAAGCAGGAGACGGGGGGUCAUGUCGGGGCAGUGGAGAUAUUUACUUCUCCUCUUCUAAAUCUGAUAGCUGUAAAAACAUGGAUUUACCAUCAGGAUCUUCUGAUAUUUACAAUUAUAAAACCCUCGCCUACUCUGGAGGAACUCUGCCCAGGAACUUUAAAAAGAAUGGAGGCUUACAGAAGUGGAAGCCCCUCACUCUGCCUCCAGAGCCUGAAAGGAAGACGGUGGUCCUGGAGAAGAAAGAUGAUGAAACGUUUGGCUUUGAGAUCCAGACGUACGGGCUGCACCACCAGGACGAGAACUCGGUUGAGAUGUGCACCUUCGUUUGCAGAGUCCACGAAGACAGCGCGGCUAAACUAGCCGGCCUUAAAGUCGGAGACACCAUCACCAGUGUCAACGAGACCUCAGUCGAUGGAUUCCGCCACAAGGACAUCGUCCAGCUCAUCAGAUCAGCUGGAGACACUGUUAGGUUAGAGACUGUAUACAGCAGCGCUAUAAGGAAAGCAGAGCUCGAAGCACGUCUACAGUAUUUAAAGCAAUCCCUGCAUGAGAAAUGGGAUGAAUACCGGUCACUGAUGGUCCAGGAGCAGAGACUCGUCCACGGCAUCGUGAUGAGCGACGUGGCCAUGUACGAGUCUCUGGAGUCCGCCGGCGUGUACGGCAGCCUGGGCGCCCCGAGUCCCUCUGCAUCACGCGCCCUCCACUGCACGGGCAGCACCAACAGCAGUAUAAGCCAGCUCAGCGAGGACGACCCGCUCUACCAGACCUGCUUCUACCAGCCCGAGGCCGGCAGGGCCGACUCGGAGGACGCCAGCGACGGCUCCGCCAGCCUGGACGACAGGCCGCCGCGCUCACGCCAGCGUCUCCUCCGGCCGGCCAGCGAGCUCUUCACCUCGGCCAGGACGUCGCUGAGCCGCAGCGCAAGCACGCGCAGCUACCUCAGGGGACCCUCGUCGUCCGCGCCGUCGUCUUCGGUACCCAACGGGGAGAAGCAGCCGUGUGGCGGGUUUAGCUCGCUGCAGAGGAAACCCAAGCGGCAGAGCAUCAGACGCAGGCUGCUGAAGUACAUCCCCGGGCUGAACCGGUCCCUGGAGGAGGAGGAGAGCAAACUGUGAUGCAAACGCACCCAAAGACUGCAGCCUGCGUACCAGCAACACACCUGAGACCAAAACUGAGACCAGGAUGACAUUUUUGGCAUCAAUCCGCUUAUGCACUGAUAUUUGGUGGAUAUUUUUCUCACUUUAAUACUGAAAAAAUUGAAAACGACAACACAACAACAAACAGAUGUAUUCUGACAGUCCUGUACCUACAACGAGACUCACCAUGAGAUGCCAGUGCAUCACUCCCAUUAUAUAGUGGCUCACUUCACCUGACAGGCAGCUGGUAACCCGUCAGUAAGGUGCAUUUAGCCAAAAAAAAGCCAAAAAACGGUCGUAUCUGUGCCUUUCCUUCUUCUAUUAUCAGGCCAAUCAGUAGUAUUCCACACAGUGUCCUUACAUUGGUGCACCGGGUAUGUACGUACUUUGUCGCUUUGGAUAAAAGCGUCAGCUAAGUGUCACAAACGUAGGUUUUACCACCACUUUAUCCUGGUCAGGGUUGCAGCGGGUCCAGAUAGGAUAGGAUAGGACAGGAUGCCCGUUCAUCGCGGGGCCCUCCAGCCCUCCCUCGACACGUGCCUAACCCAGUGUGUCCAUUUGUUCCUGGUUGAACUAACAGCUUUGGAAGUAUUGUUGCUGUCUAAAACCCGAGAGCUCGUUUAGUCAAUAAACACGUGUACAUAAUGUCUGUAAGUUAUUUAUUUAUUUUGAUUUUUUUCUUUUUAAUUUUCUAAAGCUGUAAAAAAAUGAAGGAUUUGUUUCUUUUGUAUUUUUGGUUUUGAUGUGAUUUCAGUCGUGUUUGUUUUGGCUUUUGUGAACUUUGUGUCUUUUGUACUUCAGAACGAGCUUGACAUAAAAAAAUAAAUGUGUGCUAUCA